AUGCGGAUUUCUUUACAAAAUCCGUUCUCCUUUUUUGGUAUUGAUGAGUUUGAGGGCAAACCGGACGACAACCAUUUCUUUUCAGGCGAAAUGUCCAAUCUACGGCUACGCUUGGAGCAUCCCUUGGUGGGCUUUUGGUUAAUUUGCUCCGAGUUGUUUGACUAUUCUUGGAUUAAUGAGUUUUUGUUGGAGUAUUACGACGACCCGCCAUCCGCAAUUGUCGACGCAAUCAAACAAACAAGAAGUGGCAAGUCUAUCAGCAAAGCUCCAAAUCAAGAAUCCGUGAAGGAACCGGAUCCGCCUCCUAUUCAAAAAAUAUACGAUCCGAUGUAUUCCAUUGACGAACCAGGCACGGAUGUUCAACGCGAUUCUGCCAGCUCCCCAGGGGACCAGGUGCAAAACUCAAAUCGCUUUGCACUUCUCCAAAGUGACGAUAACUUGUUUGACGGUAGUGGAAUUCAAGAAUUCGACGAGGUUGAAGUGGUGGCUUAA